AUGAAUAACGAAGAGAGUGCAGAAAAUAGCGAAAUUUUUAUUAAUGCAUUGGAUAUUCUUAAACUGGAACAUACUGAGAGUUUACUACAAAUAGGUUUACCGCAAUUUGAUUCUCUUUUCUGUGGUGGAAUUGCAGCUGGCACUUUUCUCGAAAUUGUUGGUCAGUCUUCCACUGGAAAGUCACAACUGUGUAUGCAAUUGGCCAUUAAUCAACAACGAAUAAUUUCAAAGAAGGAGUCUAUUUAUAUCGAUACAGAAGGAGGAUUUGUAACGACAAGAUUAAAUGAAAUUGCCAGAUAUUAUCUUCCAGAGCUUGCUGCUUCUAAAGUCCUUGAAUUUAUUCAUUAUUGUAGAUGUCAUGAUAUUGUCGAAUUGAUAAGUAUUUUGCAUCGACUUGAUUCUUUGAUAACGAAACAUUUAGAGGUUGGUCUUAUCAUAAUUGAUAGUUUAGCAAUGCCGCUAAGAUAUGAAUACGAGUAUUUCCGUUGUUCAAUUAUCGAUAUUUCUCGAAUUCUUACCAAACUUAUUGCAUUAUAUCGUUGUACCAUUGUUGUUGUGAACCACGUAACGUAUUGUUUGGAAAAUGAAUCUGAGCCUGGAUUUUUGAAAGCAGCCCUUGGAACAACAUGGUCACAUAAUCCUACCACAAGACUCUGGUUAUGUCAUUCCACUGAGUUUCACAAAUAUAAGAUUGCAAAUCUUGUAAAAUCACCCAUCUAUGCUCAAGGCUUCAUUCAUUAUCGAAUUACUAUGAAAUUUUUAGCGAUUCUGUUAGAUCAGGGUGCUACAGAUUCAUUUUCAAAAAUAGCAGAAAUGAUAUCACGAUUUUAUAAAGAACGAGUCAUUUUUCGAAUUACUCCUAGUUCCAUUGCAUUCAUCAGUUCAGAUUCUUUGCGCUCGAAUGGGACAUUCUUGCAGGUCAUAUUGACAGCUCGUGAAUUCUUUUCUGCUUAUAUAAUGAGUGGUUUAUCAGAAGAAUUUAAUGAGAUUUAUAUGGAAAUCGACAAAGAUUAUUUAUUCAGAAGCAUAAAUAUCAAAGAACAGUCAACGAAAAUUCGAUUAACGAAAAUCGGAAAUACACCUCAUUUAAAAGUUGAACAAAAAACUUGUUCCAUUGUGCACGAAAUACCCGUUGAGUUAAUACCUACUAGGCAUUGGAAAUCAAAUGAUAUUCCUAAUAUAUCUGGCGUCAAGGCAAUCAAAGCAAAUCGGCAAGGUGAUUUACAUCUAAAUGGGGAUGUUGAAUUUGCUCAAAUUAAUGUUUAUUUCACUGAUCUUGUCGUUUCAGACCUUCAUAUUUCAAAAGAAGCGGCUGAAAGUAAUGAUAUUUUUCACGAAGUUCGGGUAGAUAUCCGAACAGUUCAUUCUCUGCUUAGGGGCAUUUCUUCCAACUUGACAUUUUCAAGGAUUUUACUUCGAAUUGUUCCAGAAAAAAUGGCAGUGCUAUCAAUUGAUCAAAAUGACAUAUCGCUUACUUGUGUUAUAAGUGGAAUAAUUCUUUAA